CGGGCAAGCCACCGCUGCCUGUUCUCUCUUUUCCUAAGUGAGCUCACUACCCACUGCAGUUUCUUUUUGGGGAACGAUAUCUGCUGCCAUAAACAAAGCAUCAUGGUCCAGUCUAAGACGUGGGUCCUCACCAAGCACUUUGACGGCUUCCCGAAGAACAGUGACUUUGAGCUCAGAGUGGAGGAGCUCUCUGAGCCCAAAGAUGGAGAGGUUCUUUUGGAAGCUCUGUUCCUCAGUGUGGAUCCAUAUAUGAGGCCAUUCAGUGCAUUUCGCAUGAAAGAGGGCGAAGUAAUGAUUGGGACUCAAGUGGCCAAAGUGCUUCAAAGUAAGAAUCCAGCCUUUCCCGUGGGAAGCCAUGUUGUCGGCCGCGGCGGCUGGAGAACCCACUCGCUCAGUGACGGUACAGACCUCAUUCCUGUCAUGCCCGACUGGCCGCAGGAUGUGUCGCUGUCCCUGGCUCUGGGUGCCAUCGGCAUGCCGGGACUGACAGCUCUGUACGGGGUCGAAGAAGUCUUAAACCUCCAGAAGGGUGAAACACUUCUUGUGAAUGCUGCAGCGGGGGCAGUGGGCUCUGUGGUGGGCCAGAUCGCCAAGAUCAAUGGCUGUAAGGUGGUCGGCUCGGCUGGGUCUGAUGCUAAGGUGGCUUUCCUCAAAGAACUGGGCUUUGACGAGGCCUUCAACUACAACACUGUUGGUUCCCUGGAGGAGGCGCUGAAGAAGGCGUCACCCGAGGGAUAUGACUGCUUCUUUGAAAAUGUUGGAGGUCCUUUUUCAAGUGUUGCCUUACAACAGAUGAAGAACUUUGGAAGAAUAGCAGUGUGUGGAACUAUCUCCACAUAUAACGACACCACUCCUCAAACAGGCCCAUAUCCCCACUUUCUCAUGAUCAUCAAACAGCUGAAGAUGGAGGGCUUCAUGCAGAGCAGGUGGGAGCACAAGCACCCUGAGUCCCUGAAGAGGCUGAUGGGAUGGUUGAAGGAGGGCAAACUGCAGUAUCGGGAGCACAUCACUAAAGGCUUUGAAAACAUGCCAGCUGCUUUUAUGGGGUUGCUGCGGGGCGAAAACAUCGGCAAGGCUAUCAUCACAGUCUGAUAUGGAGCACAGAAUCAAGAGUGAAGAUCAGUAUUACUAAUCUACAUAUUAACCCAGACUGUACACAUGAAGGACAGAGCAGUAGGUUCUUACAACUAACCAGAUGUCCGUGUUGCUCAUUAGAUUGCCACAAUCAUAAAAAUGUGGCUGUUAGCAGCAGAAAGGCAACGCUCAGUCAUGAAGGAAAUAUAAUGUGAAUUAUAUUUUAUAGGGCUUGUUUGGGACUGUUCUUAAAGUCAGCAACAAACUAUCCUGUAUAAUUCAACUGAUAGUUGAUAGUGAAACUUGCUUGUUUUGCUAGGUUUGGUGGGAUUUAAUUCAUGUUGAGCCACUUUUACAUAGAGAAGGCUGGGAACAAACUGGUGAUUUGCUUUCAAAACAUUGUUAACCGUGUACUUUGUAUUAAGUGUGAGCUUUUCUAUAGGAAAUAAAACAUUUGAAAAUUUC